AUGUGGCCAAGCACGGCCGUCAUCAAUUGGUCACCAAUUGUAAAUUUGAUAGUCCAAUUGUAUUUCCAAAAUACCACAAUUUGUGUAUUAUGGCCUGAAAAUGAGCUGUUGAAUUUGGAAACCAAAAUCUCAGAAUAUCCCUUUACCAUAAUCAAUAUACACCCACAUCGAUUAGAUGUGGAUGAUGUGGCCAAUGAGGUUCAAAAGUUCCGAGAAAAAUUCUUGGAAACCAAUAAUCUCACUCUGAUGCUCUCUGUGGCCAUAGAAAAGUCACACUGUGAGAGCUUCUUGGCCUUUGGAAAUGAUAUACUGAAGUUCAUUGAAAGUUUUGAAAAUGCCAGUCGUUAUUCGGUGUGGCGUUCGAAAAUCAAUCACUUUGUGUUUGCAAGCUCUAAUAGGUCUCUCGAGGCUUGCUUGGAGAGGCUAAGGUUUUUUGAAGAUCAACCAAAUAUACUUAUAAUAUCUGGCGACCAAAUCAAUUCAGAAAUUUUCGAAUUGAAAACAAAUAAAUUUGUUGGACCCAGAGCAGAUUGCCCUGGCAAGUUAUACCUCCUGGAUCGCUUCUUUGCAAACACCUCCUCCUUUGAUUUCGGAGUAAAUUUAUUUCCCAAUAAAAUUGCCAAUUUACAAGGACGUGAAAUAAUUGUGCCGGGUAUGGAUUAUCGACCAUAUUUGGUUAUUAAUUACGUUCAGGAUAAAUAUAAUUCCUAUGAUUUGGUAUUUGGCGGAGCCAUAGAGGGCAAUGUACAAAUUGAUGGCACCGAAGCCAGGGUCAUUUUGACAUUUUGUGAAAUAUUUAAUUGCACGGUAUUGAUUGACAGCUCGGAGGCCGAUGAUUGGGGAGAGGUAUAUUCAAAUUUAUCAGGGACAGGAAGUUUGGGAAUGGUGGCCAAGGGAAUGGCGGACAUCACUGUGAGUGCAAUGUAUUCAUGGGAUACCGAUUACAUAUAUCUGGAUAUGUCGAUGUAUUUGGUCAGAUCGGGUAUAACAUGUUUGGUACCAGCACCAAGGCGUUUGGCAAGUUGGAUUUUACCCCUGGAACCUUUUCAAUUCACUCUCUGGUUAGCUGUUUUGGUUUAUCUCUUUGUAGAGGUCAUUAGUCUGGCCUUGACCUAUCGAUUUGAGACGAGAUUUGUUUCCGCAAUGAAUGACUCUUGGCCGGAGAGUUUAAAUUUUGGGAUAGUUACAACUCUUAAAUUAUUUGUAUCACAAUCGGGAUCGAAAAAGGUAAUUUCACAGACUGUGAGGGUCCUACUGUUCACAUGUUUCCUAAAUGAUUUGAUCAUAACCAGUAUUUAUGGUGGAGGAUUGGCCAGUAUUUUAACGGUACCAAGUUAUGAUGAAGCUGCCGAUACCUUGGAUCGUAUGUGGUCGCACAAAUUACAAUGGGCUGCCAAUUCGGAGGCCUGGGUCUCGGCCAUACGCAAUGCAGAGGAUGAUCGUAUUAAUGGCAUUUUGGAGAACUUCUUUAUAUAUUCCGAUGAAAAACUGGAACAGUUGGCUAGCUCACCAUCAAAUUGGGGCUUUACUGUGGAACGUUUGCCAUUUGGACACUUUGCCAUUGGCGAUUAUCUGACCACGGAAAGUAUCAAUCAUUUGAAAAUAAUGCAGGAGGAUUUAUAUUUCCAAUAUACUGUGGCCUUUACCGCCCGAUGUUGGCCCAUGUUAUCGGCUUUUGAUAACCUGAUUUAUUGGUGGCAUUCGGCCGGGUUGGAUAACUAUUGGGAAUGGCGUGCUGUAGCCGAUAAUAUGAAUGUCCAAAAGCAGAAGCAGGUUGAGGCCACGCUCUAUUCGAAUAUCGAAGAUAUGGGUCCCGUAAAAUUGGGUAUGGCCAAUUUUGUUGGCAUUCUCUUGCUAUGGAUGUUGGGCAUAACCAUUUCAUUUUUGGUAUUCUUAUAUGAGGUGUUGAGAGAUUAUGUUGAGCGAAAGAAGAGAGGAGAGUAA